AUGGGUUACACCGAGCUCGACCAGAAGGCCAUUAACACCAUCCGUCUUCUUGCGGUUGAUGCCACCGCGAAGGCGAACUCCGGUCACCCCGGUGCCCCUAUGGGCAUGGCCCCCGUGUCCCACGUUCUCUUCAACAAGUUCAUGAAGUUCAACCCUAAGAACCCCGACUGGGCUAACCGUGACCGAUUUGUCCUCUCCAACGGCCACGGCUGCAUGCUCCAAUAUGCUCUCCUCCACCUUUUCGGCUACGGCAUCUCCAUGGAUGACCUCAAGGCCUUCCGUCAAAUCGACAGCAUCACCCCCGGUCACCCCGAGGCUCACGACACACCUGGUAUUGAGGUGACCACUGGUCCCCUUGGUCAGGGUUUUGCCAACGCUGUUGGUUUGGCUAUCGCCCAGGCCCACAGCGGUGGUGUUUUCAACAAGCCCGGAUACACUCUCUUCGACAACUACACAUACUGCUUCUUCGGUGACGGAUGUGCUAUGGAGGGUGUCGCCAGUGAGGCCGCUUCUACUGCUGGUCACUUGAAGCUCGGAAACCUCAUUGCCAUCUACGAUGACAACCACAUUUCUAUUGACGGUGACACCAAGUGCGCGUUCACCGAGGACGUUACCAAGCGCUUCGAGGCCUACGGCUGGCACGUCGUUUGGGUCAAGGACGGUGACAACGACCUUGAGGGCAUCGAGGCUGCCAUCAAGGAGGCCCAGUCCGUCAAGGACAAGCCCACCAUGAUCCGCCUGACCACCACCAUUGGUUUCGGUUCCAAGCUUCAGGGCACUGGUGGUGUCCACGGUAACCCCCUCAAGGCCGACGACAUUGAGGGUGUCAAGCAGCGCUUCGGUUUCGACCCCGCCCAGAGCUUCGUCGUUCCCCAGGAGGUCUACGACCUUUACCACAAGCACGCCGACGAGGGUGCUGCCCAGGAGCAGGAGUGGAACCAGCUCCUCCAGAAGUACGCCAGCGAGUUCCCCAACGAGCACGCCGACCUCACCCGUCGUCUCUCUGGCAAGCUUCCCGAGGGCUGGGAGAAGUCGCUCCCUGUCUACAAGCCGUCCGACCCCGCUAUUGCCUCUCGUAAGCUUUCCGAGGCUGUUCUUGAGAAGAUUCACUCCGUCAUUCCUGAGCUUCUCUCCGGUUCCGCCGAUCUGACUGGCUCCAACAACACCCGCUGGAAGAACGCUGUUGACUUCCAGCCUCCCGAGUACGGCAUUGGUGAGUGGUCUGGCCGCUACCUCCGCUACGGUGUCCGUGAGCACGCCAUGGCUGCUAUCAUGAACGGUCUCGCUGCCUACGGCACCGUCAUCCCCGCCUCUGGUACUUUCCUGAACUUCGUCUCCUACGCCGCUGGUGCUGUCCGUCUGUCUGCCCUCUCUCGCGUCCGUGCCAUCCACGUCGCUACCCACGACUCCAUCGGUCUGGGUGAGGACGGCCCUACCCACCAGCCUAUCGAGACUCUGGCUCACUUCCGUGCUCUCCCCAACUGCAUGGUCUGGCGCCCUGCUGAUGGUAACGAGACCAGCGCUGCUUACUACUCUGCCCUGACUGCUAAGCACACCCCCUCCAUCCUGGCUCUUACUCGUCAGAACCUGCCCCAGCUCGAGCACUCUAGCAUCGAGGCUGCCCUCAAGGGUGCCUACCCCGUCCUCGAGGCCGCCGAUGCCAAGGUCACCAUCAUCUCCACUGGUUCCGAGGUCAGCAUCUGUCUCGACGCUGCCAAGUACCUCCAGGAGAAGCACGGCGUCGUUGCCCGUGUCGUCUCCGUUCCUUGCUUCGAGGUCUUCGACGCUCAGGACAAGGAGUACCGCCUCAAGGUCCUCCCCGACGGCAUCCCCAUUCUGUCCGUCGAGGUCUGCUCCACCAUGGGUUGGGAGCGCUACUCUCACGAGCAGUUCGGUCUCAACCGCUUCGGUGCCUCUGGCCCCUACAAGGAGGUCUACGCCAAGUUCGAGUUCACUCCUGAGGGUAUUAGCAAGCGCGCUCUUGCCACCAUCGACUUCUACAAGGGUGUCCCCGUUCGGUCUCCCAUCAACCGUGCUUUCCAGCAGAUUCUGUAG